AUGGAUCAGAAUACCAGUGCAAAUUUUUCCACAACCAACACAGCCAACAAUGACACCACCCUGCAGUUCACAUGGAGUUUUGUUCCGGCGAUGGAAGCCGUGAUUUUCCCGUGCGUGUUGAUUUUUAACGGCUCCAUUUUAGCGUUAUUCCUCGUUACCCGGCGUUUCCAGAUCCCGUUUAAUAUUUACCUGAUCAAUGUCAUAACCUCCAACAUUGUUUUCGCUCUAUUGGAUAAUCCCUUGGACAUCCUGAAUUUCAUCUCUUCGUAUUGGUGGCUCGGUAACACUUGGUGUACCGUGUACCUUUACGCAAUCAACGUAUCCAGUGGAAUCGUGAUGCAGUCGCACAUGCUCAUCACCAUCAAUCGCAUCUGGGCGGUCACUUUUCCCCAUUCAUACCGCCGCCAUCAUUCCGUGCGCAAUGCUGCCGUGUUGGUCAUCGCUGUCUGGCUAUUGGUGCACGUUGUGUCGUUGCCCGGUCUCAUCAUGGAUGCCACGUUGUACCGGUUGCCUAUUGAAAUAACGGGCUGUAUAAUAAACACAAAUGAGAUGCCGGUGUGGAGCAUCAUGUUGCAACUGAUUAUCUUUGCACUGCCCAAUUUGUGCAUCAUUUUAGCCUAUCCGUAUUUGGUUUCCAUGCGCCUUCGUCAGCGGAAAGUGAGGGCGGCGAAUAGAUCGCCCGCCACAACCAAAUUCGGUGGCAGUGUGCAUUUCAAAGCCAAUCGCUACUAUCACAGGGAAGCCUCAGCCUCAGCAUCGGUCACGGUGACCAACAAUAAAGCACCCGAAAGGUCACAAAGAAGGGACAAUCGGGCGUUUGCCAUCUUCACCGCACUUACUGUCAGCAUUACCGCUUGCUGGACACCGCUGGAUACGUACUAUACGAUUUCCUGUUUUAUGGAUCUGUCCACAUACGUAAAAACGUUGGAGUUUUGUGAAAUACUGUUUGUGCUGCAACCGGCUUUGGAUCCUAUCUUCUUUGCUGUUAUAAUUCCCGAUGUGCGAUCGCAGAUCUUGCAGUGGUUUCGGUACCGAUGGGCCUCCAAAUAG